UCCAUGGUGCACGGCUAGAGGAUUUGAUGGCUUCGUAGUGUUCUGCUGACCGCCGAUGUAGCGCUUUUAAUGUGUUUCUGUAUAAUUCUAAGCGGUCGCUACACUUUUAGACAUUUAGUGCUUUAUGCGAAGGUGCCCAAUGUCGUGGUAGGAAGUUGACUGCAAGUACUCAUCGCGUCGAAAAGCUCCAGAGUGGCUACGACAGGGAAGUGGUGAGAUGGCAGCCCAUUUGUGUCUGGAGGAAGCAGAAGUCGUGCGGUUGGUGCUGGAGUUCUUGGCGAAUAGAGAACUGAGUAUAAGCCAGUUAGCAUUGGAGCGAGAGUCGGGCGUGAUUAAUGACGCCCUGUCAGAUGACUUACUGUUCUUGCGACAGCUCAUUCUUGAUGGCCAGUGGGAUGACGCUCUUGACUUUGUUCAACCACUUGAGGACAUGGAAGCAUUUGACAAAAAACGCUUUAGAUUCUCGGUACUAAAGCACAAGUUCUUGGAGCUGCUGUGCAUCAGGUCGGAAGCAGGGUUGGUGCAAAGUGCUGAGCUUGGCGUGGAGGAAAUGGUGGCUUGCCUCGGAGCCCUUGAGCAGUGCAGCCCCUCUCGUGAAGACUACAACCAGCUUUGCCUAUUGCUCACCUUUCCUCGGCUCUGUGAUCACCUGGACUACAAACACUGGAAUCCCAGUAACGCGCGGAUAAAUUGCUUUCGAGAGGUGUUGCCACUCGUGGAGAAGCUACUGCCAUCUCCAGUGAAGUCUCCAGUGUCGGUCAGUCGAACAUCAUCUGGCGACCGGCUGGUCCAACUACUCAUAAAGGGAAUUUUGUAUGAAACUAGUGUUAACCUCUGCCAGAAAAAGGCAACCCUUCCACCAAGCAGCACUCAGGAUGAGGAGUUUGUUUUCACCGAACUCCUGGGAAGUGCUGAUGCUGAUCUCAGCCUUCUUUCGUGGCUUCAGUGCCUCCCACCAGAGGUCUUUUCGUACCCAUUUGAACAGAAAGUGCUAAAUGUUGACAUUCGACAGUUGGUGAAACCAUUCCUAGAAGCGUCUUGGACAGAGCAAAUCCUGGCGACACCAAUCAAGCCGCGCGUCUUUCCACAUUCAGCUGUUCCACGCACUCCAAUGAGCAGGUCACUUAUAAUGGCCAGCAUGGAAGGGGGCCUCUUUUCUGCUGGCAGCCACCCAGCUCUCAGUGGUUGUGCCAAGAUGGCUCUAUCAAUGGCAGACAUGUCCUCAUCUAUGUCGCGUUCUUUUGGGGCCUUCCAUCUGACUGGCAAGAAGCUGAUGAAUACAUCCGUUGAUCGGCUGUUUGAGGUGGGCGACGUAUUCAGCACAAGCUGCACUGACAUUCGUCCAGGCACAUUGCCUGGUUUACUCAAAGAAGAGGAGGAAGAGAACAAGGAUAAGAGCAAAAAUGAAAGUCAAGGCAGUGAUGAGUUCUGGAAGGAAUUUCAGCGUCUGAAGAGGAACCUCCUUCAAAGAAUGGACGCUGCCAUGGCGACCCCGACUGUGCCACCAUCUGUGGUUGAAAGUGAAAAAAGUGAAAGAAAGACGUCGAACUCGGCAGACUCAUUGUUGGCAUAUCUAUCUCCCCCAGUGCAGACACCUCAUACAUCUGCCCCAACAAGUGCCACUAGCUCUGCUCCUUCACGUGUCAAAUCUCCUGCGUCAGCUCUUCUGACGACACCAUUGACUCCAAUAGGACAGCCAGCUCAGAAAGCAAGUGUGAAAUUUGUGACAAGCACACCACUACCUCCAAGGAUAGCACCUGCACAUGUGACAACUGUUACGAUAGAUGGAGUGGCAAAAAACAACUCUGAAGACCUCCGGUCUACUGACAGCUUUCCAGAGCACAGUGAUUCAAGCGUCCAUUCAGACACACGGUCAGUAGGUGCCCAGCCUCGGUCACUUGCGCAGCCUUCCAGCGCUGGAUCAGCAAGAGUUCUCAUCAACACAUACUCGGCAAAUCAUGGAACCCAAAACCAGCAACCGCAGCCACAGGCAGCCCACCCAACUGAUGAGCCACGGAAGCCAAAGUUCGUGCAAGUCACCAACUUGGAAGAUGCCCAGGUGGUGCGUGCCUGUGACUUCCACCCUAGCGGCCAGUUCUACGCUGUUGGCUCCAACUCCAAAACCCUUCGUAUCUGCGGCUACCCAACCAUCACUGACCUCAGGGAGGGAGACGUAGCUCACCAGCCCACUGUGCUUUUCAAGCGGCUGAAGCAUCACAAGGGCUCUAUCUAUUGCCUGGCGUGGAACCAGACUGGGGACCUCUUGGCCACUGGCUCCAAUGACAAGACAAUCAAGCUGAUGCGAUUCAAGUCUGAGACAUGUGCCCUUGACACUGGAGGAGAAGCAGAGCUUACCAUGCAUGAUGGAACUGUUCGCGACGUCUGCUUUGUGGAGGAUCUAAGCAACCGGUCAAGUCUGCUUAUCAGUGGCGGAGCAGGAGACUGCAAGAUAUACGUUACAGAUUGUGAGACGGCCACGCCUUUCCAGGCACUCUCUGGACAUUCAGGUCAUAUCCUGUCCUUGUACACGUGGGGAGGAGCCAUGUUUGUGAGUGGCUCUCAAGACAGAACCAUUCGCUUCUGGGAUCUGCGCACCAGAGGCUGCGUCAACUUAGUGACUGCACCACCUGCAAGUGGCAGUGGACCUGGGAGCCCAGUUGCUGCCGUGGCUGUGGACCCAACUGGACGCAUGCUGGUCUCUGGCCAUGAGGAUGCCACUUGCAUGCUGUACGACAUACGAGGUGGCCGGACCAUUCAGACGUUCCGGCCCCAUUCGUCAGAUCUGCGAUCCGUGCGCUUUUCACCACGAGCUUACUACUUACUGACAGCAUCAUACGACCGUAAAUGCGUCCUUACUGAUCUGCAGGGUGACCUGACGCUCCCCUUGCCUAGCGUCGUAGUUGCAGAGCAUGCUGACAAGGUCAUUCAGGCUCGUUGGCACCCGAGUGACUUCUCCUUUGUCAGCACCAGCGCUGACAAGACGGCCGUCCUUUGGGCCCUGCCAGUCAACUGAAGUGCUCCCUCACCCCACUACAAAAACACCCUCCAUGGGGUGUGGGUGCUCAGACUCUAGGCUCUGUGAUAAACCUCCUUAACCCUGUCUCUGCCACCCCUCCCCCUCCCUCUCUCUUUUCAGUUUGUUUUCACCAAUUUUAGAUUAUGUUCAUCCCGCAAUAACUUCAGCUUUCUGGCCCACGCAUGUGUUUAUUUAGAAGCCCAAUUCACCCUUGAAUUUUCGUUAACUUGUCUUGCAGGUUGCGCACUGCUAGCAUUAUGACCAAACCAAAUGGUGUGUUUUUUUGCAAUUGUGGGGACAUGCAAAAUUAUCUUUGCUUUAUCACUGACAUUCACACUUGUGUGUGUGUAGACUUGUGAUUAAAUGUUCAUUUAAUUUAUAGCUCAUUCCUUGAGCCUGUCCAUCUAUAAGAGCAGUUGUGUUUGUUCUGCUUUUUAAUGUGUUGUGAACUUCUUUUUUUACCAAAUUUAACAGAUUUGUUUUAUAAUUGCUUAAUGAAUUCUACGAAAAUUUAUAAAGAGGUUCUUUAAUUAUGCUGAGUGAUUACAUAAUAUGCAUAUAUGUUUACCAUGAACAGUAACUAUCAGCUAGAGAAUGAGCUGCAAACAUUGACUCAUGUACAAUAAUUUCAAAUGAUUCUUGUAUAACAUUUAAAAAGUUGCAUGGUUGAAUGGUAUUUAGGUUACAUAAAGGUGCAGAAGACUUAGAAUAAACGAUAUUUGCCAAAAACAAAAUAUCAUGCUGUUACAUAAGCAUUCGAGCCUUCGGCAUUUUCCUCAAACAGGUCCUAAACCACCAAUUGUACUACAUGAAAAAAAAAAAAAUUCUGUGGGACGCCGACGCUCCUGUGAAUAGCUCAGCCAAAUGUUGCAGUCAUGCUUGGUAAGGAGAGUUUGCAAGAGGGGCUCAAAGUUGCCACUUUCUAAAUCAUCCUCUUUUUGGCAGAGGCCCAUGCUCACUCUCAUCGUAGCUGCGUGCAGCUGCCGUAUGGUGUCAUACAGUGCAUUGUUGCUAUUAACCGAAAGCUGACUUAAAUAAUAUAUGGCGUACAGAUGAGAUUCACGUCUUGGUACUGGGUGCCACUAUGUGCCAGUCCCAUACUCUACAGUCUGUAAAAAUUACACAAUAGCAGCACUAGCGCAUACCAGAAUGACACCGAGGGAGGUCAAGUCGCAUUCCAUGGCAUGCACUGGAGGUUAUGGCAUAUGUUGAGUAGAUUCUGGCCCAUUUUUCAUUCCCUCCCCUCCUUGUGUAUCUUCCAGUGUGCUCAUUGGAACGAAAGAAGAGGGAAAGUGCUUAAAGAAAUACUGAAUAAAUAUUUAAAAAACUGACAAAACUUCGAAAUUCUGCUUGGAAGAUGUCACUGUUCCGAUAAACUGAGUUUAUUUCCCGUAUUUUUGAACAGUUAAUUGUAUUUUUGAUGAAUUGUGAGCCCGCGGCGGCUGCUCGCGUGCGCGAGCAGUAACGUCAAACUCACCGAGGCGCAUGCGGGAUGCACGUGUUCUUGUUCUUCUCUUCCUUUUCUCCAGCUGUCUUUUCACUCUACUCUUUUCCUUCCACAAUAGCGCUGUCACUUUGCCCCAGUCGGAAACAUUGUUCGCUGCUGUUGCUGUUUAUACCAGUUAUAGGGAAGGAUGAGUGCGUCGAGAGACGUGGGCAAUGGCUGGCAUUGUUGGCUUCCCAAUUUCCCGUGAAUUCGACGUCACCCAACGUCGCAUGCUCUAGUUCAUGGCGCUGCCGCUCGACGCGACAGUUUGUGAAAAUCGCAUUAAAUUCAUUAUUUUCCUGUAGUUUCUGCUUCGAAUGAAGGUUGUCUCUAUCAAUUUCAGGAUCCAAUCUAUUGAUUUGGCUGAAAAUAUUGGCAGCAAAAUUUUUGUUCUGUAUCCCUUCAAAGCAUGUGACAAAUCUCUGUCCUGUAACUCUGCUUGUUCUUAAUGAAUUGAAAACAAUUUUCAGCACUCGAUUCAUAAAGCAAUAAACUCCCAAUGCUGAGCCCAUUAAAUGAUUAUUUGAAAAAGGGGUGCAGGACCAUUUUAUCCACUGUCUUUUGUAAGUAAUACAUGAGCUUGAGUAACUGUAAUGUAGUUGUAAGGUAUAGAACGGGCACCUAACGAUAUGAUGGUGCAGCAGCUUGAAAAGAAUCAGACUGAAAAGAGAAAAUAACUGCAAGUGAAUGCCAGGCAAAAGAUGGUACUCAACCUGUCGUGAAUGAAGGCUGCUAUGUGUGUGUCAUUGCUUAUUAAUUUAGAACAACAUGUACCAACAAAGCAUAGGCUGCCUUUAUUCAUCUGGCAACAACAGUGUGCUGCCGCGUCUUCAUUCAGUUGGCAGGCCAAAGAAUUUAUCAACUACUGCACAGAGGCAUACUUUCAGUGUAAGGAGUGAGGUAAGGAGACGUGUAGGUUGCCCUAGUACUACCUUAACUCGGGAGAGCACCAAGGAACUGUAAGGUCAUGGGUUCGAGUCCCAACGGUGGCAGCCGCAUUUUCUGUGGAGGAAAAAAAUGCUAGAGGCCCAUGUGCCUGUAUUUAGACACAUGUCAGAGAACCCCAGUUGGUUAAAACUUCCAGAGCCCUUCAUUAUGGGGCUCUCUCAUAAUCAUAUUGGGGUUUUGGGACACAGAACUCCUACAAUUUCAUUAGAGCACCAAGGAAGGCCUCUGCGAGUGCACUUCCUUGAAGAGUAUCCUAGAACACGUAAUAAGGCAAUUUCAAGGAGCUAAAGCCCUCCUACUGAAGUAAGAAGUGUUGCGGAAUGCGGCCCUUAUUGCUCUUGUGAACAGGCCAAUGAAAUUAGCUAGUAAAACAUAACUGAAUGUGCUAGUAGUCACAAAUAUUAGCGGGGCCUUGUAACAUUUAUUGAGCAUAUCAGUAAGACAACACUUCUGACUUGUAGUCAAAGAUCCUGGGAACAUCUGGGCCAAAUAAUAUUGCACUGCGUGCGUCAGGCUAUUUGCAGUUUCAUGUCGAAGAUGGCUGAAUAUCGUUUUUUUUUGGUCAAAUCUGUGGAGUCAUUUUUCAUAACUGAGAAAGGUGUUGCAGGUCUUCCUAACAAUAGCUUUCAUCUACAUAAUUGAGAAACUAUUUUGAACAAUUUUUUGGAUGCCUAGCUGAAAAUAUUUUGCAUCAAGCAAGCUUAUUGUUAUGUGAAUAUGCAACAUAUUCCUGAAUGCUGAUUUCAUUGACUUUGUUUUAUUGCUUAGUGGGAACUGGGCCCAGUGUGCAUACAGUGGUCACUUAUUGAAAUAUUAUUUUCGUUUAGCACUACUUUGGCUGCUGUUCUAAAACUUAGUGCGUUGUGCAUUUUAAAGUUAAGUGCUUAUAGGUAUCGCUAGAAAAGCGAUGAUUACGCAGGAAGAACUUGCCGGAGACUUCACUGAACAUGGCACUUCAAUUGACUCUUAUGACGUAGGCAGCCAUGACGCCAUUUGUCGUUACUCUUGCUUUCCCAAAACUACCUUUUCUAAAUUUUUUAUGCGAGGUCAUUUUUUUUCUGGUGAACAGCGCCAUGUCGCUUUUUGGCCAGAAAGCACUACUGUUGCCAUGCAUACCGGCAUCUCAGAAUUUCAUGAUCUUUCAGCACUGUGUUAUCUCACUUGGUGUUGUCGCUGCUCUGUGUUGUUGGUUGCCUGAUUAAAGCUGCAUGUUUGCAAACUGGUGAGCUUUUUUGCACGUACAUCUACCAUUCUCAGUACGCAGAGUAAAUUGAAGGGCUAGAAGCUGCGAAUGGUCAGCCUACACCCAUGUGUGGCACGUUGAAAAGGUUUCACUGUGUGCAUUUUCUCAGCUAUGUAUGUUCUUUUUCAUUUGUUUCCUUUGUAUCUUUUUACUAUACCCAGUGCUGCAUGAAGUCAUGAUGACAAUUCCUGUAGUUGUCGUAGCUGCUCCCAUUUAGAGCAUAGCCGCCAGGAUAAGUUGAGCCAGCAUUGUUGUACGCCAUAAUGAAGACCUUCAUUGGUACAUACAUAAAACCAAAGAAUGAAAGAAGAGUUAUAUUCACUUGCAAGGAAACGAAGGAUAACUCACUACUGCUGAUACUACGGCCUGCUGUUACAUGUUCGUGCCUCUUGGUCUGUCGUUUUAAUGUUUGUCAAAGGUGUGGCAUGUAUAAAAUACACCUGUGUCUAUCCUGCCACAGAAUUGAUUUGAAGGUAUUUUAGGGUACUGAUGUUUUCAUUUCUGCCAUCUUGCAAGGAUAGAAAUAGGGUUGGAACAUUUGCGUUUCGGUCUAGUCUGUAGCUGCAUCCACAAUCCUUUCCGUUUUUUGUUGUUGCCUUAAACGAAACAGUGUUUCAAGAGUGCCUUGUGACGCAGCUGUGGGGCUGCCACUUUGGCGCUUUUUGUGAGAGCUUUUACUGUUGAAAAAGAAAGCCUGCAUGUCUGUGUUCAGUAGUGUUAGUGGAAAAUAUUCAGUGUUAUCAGCAGGUGGCUCCACUUCAGUUUUUUUUUUCACACUGAUAGCAAGUUUAAUUUGAGAAUAAUCACUGUGUGUGCAACGUAGCAAAUAAAUGUACAUAAUUUAAAAUUUUAAAAGGGGUCACUUCUCUGCAGGAGUAAUACCUUGGCCAUCCAUACUUCGUUUUCAUAUUGUGGUAUGCCACAGAUUUAUUUCUUUCCUGAUGAGGUUGAGAACAAACUUUUGUGCAAUAAUGUCUGUCAGUUUUGUAUGCUUUUGUCUGCUUUGACUUUCUAGCCAUGUUAAUGUGAAUGCAGCGUGUAAGGAUUACUAGGCUUAUGUGAGUAUUCCUUUUGCCUGUGUUACAUAGGUGGCAGAGGUAUAAUAUAUGCUUUUAAGCCAAAACGAAAGGGCAUAAAUGGCUUUUCAAUGUUGCCCAAGUACCACACAGAUUUAUCAUUGUCUAACAUUCCUAACCCCCCCCCCCCCCCCCCCUCCUUUUUUUUCUACCUACCUUCGUGACAGAGAUGAGGGCUCUGUGAGUGAGCACUGUGCAUUUACCCAACAUGGAAGGGUCACAAUGUCUAUAAACGCUUGAACUUAUCUAAAACGGAGGUCCUCCGGUGGGAGGCGUGCUGCACAAUUAUAAUCAGACAGGCUUCAGUGUGCGUAAUGGCUGAAGUGCCACAAAAGCUACAGCAACCACGGCUUGAGAGAAUGCUUUUUGCAUGAAGGUGCCAUGAAUUACUAUCAUUCUAGAGCUGAUAUAAAAACCUCAUUUCUUGUUGCUGGCCACUGUGUGUGUCAUGCAUAUGUAGUGCAGUGAAAUUUUCACUCUUUUCAGGGUUUUUAAAAAGUUUGUUGUCAGAGUAGUAAAAAGGAGUACGUAUAGCUGGGAAUCUCUCCUUUAGUGUUUUUAGCAUACACUAUAAGGUAGUGAAGUUUUUAUUUUUUAUCUGUUAAUGCUUCUUUUUACUUUAGAUCCUAGAUAAUGUCUUUAUUUAAUGCUUGUUGUGCGGUAUCUACUCAAAUUUUGUGGAAACACUUCUACUUAUGCCAUCAAGCUCGAAAAUUUUGGCAUAAUGCUUCAAAAUACCACUAAAAAUGACAUGCGAAUAUGUAAGUGCUUCGUUGAUCAGAGUUGUUUCUUUUUGUACGUGAGCUUGUUGUGUAGGGAGGAAGGGUUUGUGCAGAUUUCAUUUAAGCUUAUUUAAAGAGAUGUAAUGUACACAGCUUUAAAAACCACUAGAGCACUGCGUGGGAUUCCCUUCUUGUCUAUUAUGAAGGAAUAAGUUUUUUUGCAAAGAGCAUGGCGACUUACGUUGAAGUGUGUCUUGUAGUAAAACCGCUUACCUAUAUACGGAGACACAGUGUUUCGCACGUUCAGGCCAGUUUCAACAGAUAUGCUGCACAUGGCACAGCAAUUUGUCUUUUAUUGUACAUAUACUUUAUUGCGCUUUUUGCAUGUCGACAUAAUUCAGUUGUACAAAUAUUUUGCCUACCACCUGUGGAGUUUUCCUUGAGAUACAUCGGCAGCGUGUAUAGCUUGUAAUAAACACUGGCAUAAUAAACGUUGCUUUUUUUAGCUGCCUCGAAACCUA